AACAAAACCGAAGAAGAAGAAGCCACUGAAGUCUAUGGUACGCUCCAUGUUUUCACCCGAGUCCACUGUGUGUAGUUCACGUAAUUGGCAAAACAUGGCGACUUGUGCUUCUUUUCAGGUUCAGAUGGUCUCCAUCAUGGAGGUUUUAACUAAAACGGCACUCGCAGAAAUUACUAAACUAGUCGACGACGCGUCUGCGGCAUUACGACUGGAAAUGUGCAGAAGCCAAAGAGAGAAUGAGGCGCUAAAAAGUAAGUUACUGGUUAUGGAGGGAGAGCUCAGGGCUGCGCGAGGAUGCGAAGAGGGAACGCCGGACAGUUCUCUAAACAUCGCAUUUGAAGUUAAGGUUUGCGACGAAUUCAGAGAAGAACAAAACUGUACGGUUGCAGGGAAAGUAAAUGUCGCCGUAGAGAGAGUCUUUGAUGCGCGAUUGAGCACAAGUCCGGCCAAAGAUGAACAGUACGUAUCCGUGGAGAAGAUGAAGACUGUUACGGAUGCCUUGGACAUAAAGUACGAGCCUGUAGACGAGGAGCAGGAUUGGUCUGAAUCUGUGCCACUCAGCGAGGAUUGGCUGGAAGAGGACCCAAAGACGAGCCAAUCACAGAUGGAACUGAAGAUCAGUGAGGAGAAUGCCUGUGGCACAUCAGGGGCAGCUGCUACUAACAGUGGUGUAGGACCCCUCUGUGAGGAGGGGGAGGAGCAGCCCCCCUGCAGGAGACCCAGAGAAGGGGCUGCAAGCCGAACUGAAGCAGGAGCCCGACGGGGAGCCUCUCACCCCUGGACACCCCCUGCCAGGAUCUGGAGAGGGGCUGGAGGUCCAGUGCGCGUGGAGCAAGGCCACCAGAUUGGGAAAGGUUCAGGAAAUGCUCAGACAGCACGGAGGAAGCUCGGAGCCCGGAGGUGCACGGUCAAACGACCGAUUCUCUCCUCGCCAUUACAGAGCUUCUCGGAGGCUGCGCUCUGAGAAGAACGAGGGCCCAACGUCACACCUCGAGCAGAAACAAAAUGGCCGCCCCGGCGAGGCGCCUGAUGCUAUUUCGGCAGAGAUGGCGGUCCCUCUGGGUUCUCCGGGACAGCGUGCUGGAAGCACCCUGUGCGAGGAGAGUUUCAACACGUCGGCAGAAGCAGAGAGUUUCCGGAGAAUCGAGGGACGAGAGGAGUUAAUCUGCACGUGCUGCAGGAAGACGUUCCCGGACGCUCUGGAACUGCAGACGCACGAGGAGGAGCAGCACGGCACGGGGAAACGUUUCGGCUGUUCGGAGAGCGGCAAAGCUUUCGCUUGCUCCAGCGUCCUGGAAAAGCACCAGCGGAUUCACAGGAGGAAGAAACCGUUCGUUUGCGCACAUUGCGGGGAAGGAAAUGUCGCCGUAGAGAGAGUCUUUGACGGGCUAUUGAGCACAAGUCCGGCCGAAGAUGAACAGUACGUACCCGUGGAGAAGAUGAAGACUGUUGCGGAUGCCUUGGACAUAAAGUACGAGCCUGAAGACGGGGAGCAGGAUUGGUCAGAAUCUGUGCCGCUCAGCAAGGAUCGGCUGGAAGAGGACCCAAAGACGAGCCAAUCACAGGCAGAACAGAAAAUCUUUGAGGAGACUAGCUGUGGCACAUCAGAGGCAGCCGUAGCUGCUGCUAACGGUGGUGAAGGACCCCUCUGUGAGGAGAAGGAGGAGCUGCACAUGCAGCCCUGCCCUGCAGGAGACCCAGAGAAGGGGCUGCAAGCCGAACUGAAGCAGGAGCCCGACGGGGAGCCUCUCACCCCUGGACACCCCCUGCCAGGAUCUGGAGAGGGGCUGGAGGUCCAGUGCGCGUGGAGCAAGGCCACCAGAUCGGGAAAGGUUCAGGAAAUGCUCCGACAGCACGGAGGAAGCUCGGAGCCCGGAGGUGCACGGUCAAACGACCGAUUCUCUCCUCGCCAUUACAGAGCUUCUCGGAGGCUGCGCUCUGAGAAGAACGAGGGCCCAACGUCACACCUCGAGCAGAAACAAAAUGGCCGCCCCGGCGAGGCGCCUGAUGCCAUUUCGGCAGAGAUGGCGGUCCCUCUGGGUUCUCCGGGACAGCGUGCUGGAAGCACCCUGUGCGAGGAGAGUUUCAACACGUCAGCAGAAGCAGAGAGUCGCUGGGGAAUCGAGGGACGGGAGGAGUUCAUCUGCACGUGCUGCAGGAAGACGUUCCCGGAUGCUCUCGAGCUGCAGACGCACGAAGAGGAGCAGCACGGCACAGGGAAACGUUUCGGCUGUUCAGAGAGCGGCAAAGCUUUCGCUUGCUCCAGCGUCCCGGAAAAGCACCAGCGGAUUCACAGCAAGCGCGGUAAAAGCUUCUCCCAGAUCAGCAAUCUUAAAACUCACCAGAUUACUCACACCAGAGAGAAAUGCUUCCGCUGCACGGUGUGCAGUAAGAGCUUUGCCCAUCUCUAUGAUCUUAAGCAUCAUCAGAGUGUCCACACAGGAAAGAAACCACACAGCUGUGACGAGUGUGGGAAGAGCUUUGCCAAACUGAGCAGACUGAAGACUCACCAAAGGGUCCACACAGGAGAGAAACCGUACAGCUGUAACGAGUGUGGGAAGAGCUUUGCCCAACUGUCCACCCUCAAGACUCACCAGAGGUUGCACACAGGAGAGAAACCGUACAGCUGUAACGAGUGUGGGAAGAGAUUUGCCUAUCUGUCCAACCUCAAGUCUCACCAGAGUGUGCACACAGGAGAGAAACCACACAGCUGUGAUGAGUGUGGGAAGAGCUUUGCCCAUCUGCACACCCUCAAGACUCACCAGAGUGUGCACACAGGAGAGAAACCACACAGCUGUGACAAGUGUGGGAAGAGCUUUGCCCAAGUGUCCACCCUCAAGACUCACCAAAUGGUCCACACCGGGGAGAGACCGUACGGUUGCUCGCUGUGCGGCCGCCGUUUCUCCCGAAACCGCGGCCUUCAGAGACACAUACUUUCUCACAGCGCGGUGUAAAAAAUUAUGGGACCUUUGAGCGAAAAUCAAAGAUCUUAACCUCUCCUCCUCGGCGAGCAAGUUCCACUUUAUGUGCCGCAGAGCAGAACACAUGGACCCCAUUUUACACAGAGCUCACUUAGUCUGGCCUUCUCAGCUCAGGGAAUCGUAGAACCACAUACCUGCACUGAGAAGGCAGUUGAACACACUCCUCCAUAAUCAGACACACCUGUGAGGCAAUUUGUCCCAAAAAGUAUUAUAGAGCUCACUGUAUUUUGAGAAAUAAUAUUUGGCAUGGAUUUUUAUUGUAUAACUGUUGACCUUUUUUUUAAAAAAAAAAAUUCUGUUACCAAUGACCAUCAAUAAAUUGGAUUUGGAUUUUAUGUUUUAGUAAAACUGGCAUGCAAGCAUCACUCUCCCCAGUGAGCCAGAACUGGCAGCUUGGGCUCUGCUAUAGUACAGACUGGGCCCCCGCAGCUUGCUGUACAUUUCCAGGAAGCAAAAACCAGUACUACAGUUCUGACCUGUGAGUGACCUGUCAAUCAAAGCCCACUCUUGGGCUCAAUCAAAGGGAGAAUUGAACGACCAACAAUAUUGUUUGCUUUCAUUGGAAAUAAGCUUGUUUUGGUAGACAUUAGCUGGUUUUAUUUAUAAAGAAAUGCGGAUGAGGACUAAAUGCCAAACGUGUUGGAUUCCAGUGUAAUGACGCAUGACAUGUUAACUUUUCUUUUGACUGAGAUCUUCCUUGUCCAUUUUCUUUGUCAUUGUAACUGGAUGCAGCGAAAAUAUAUUUCUCAAGGUCAGUUUAUUGUGUGUACGGAGUGAUUUUAAACAAAAUGAAAAGUCUUUGCAUUUGGAUGAGAAAUAAAACGUGUUUUUUCAUAACGAU